UCUGGUAUAUUAGAUUUAGCGGCACGCUUACACAAUGUCACUAGGCGAGAGCAACGUAGAAACAAUAAAUCGUUAUAAAGACAGGGACUUCUCAUCCGGGGAUUCUAACAAAAUGAAAUGUAAACAAUUUUAUCAGGAGGAGAAUAAUAACGAGAUAGAUGAGCUCUCAAAAGAACUGUCCGGAAUGGGUUGUAUAGUUGACGCUGUUAAACGACCACCCAACAUAUGCGUAGAAACUUGUGUGUAUGAGGAAUCUGAGUCAGAUAAUGAUAAAAAUGAGUCACAUAAUAAUGAUGAUGAGAUUCAUUAUUCAGAUGAAUUUGAAGAGAAAGAUAUUAGUGAAAUUGAGACAACAGAUAAAAGUCAAACUGUCGUUAAUAAUAAAACAGUGAUGCAGGUCAAUAAAGAUUCAGUAAAAUUAUCAAAAAGUCAGUCUUCAAUGUCUAGUCGUAAACCUCCAUCUGUUUCGGGAAGAUCCACAGAUUAUGGAUCAGUAUCCGUACCACCAACAAGACGCAUCAACAUGUCGUUUACAAACGAGAGGCUUCGUGAAAUUGAGCGACACAAUCACAUACUCUUAAAUAAAAUAUUAAGUGCAAGAAAUAAAAAGAAAUCUUCGAUACCGCCUCGAGACCAGCCUCCUCGCAUGGUGCCGCCUGCCGCUGUUCAUAGAAAGAUGCAGCAGAGGAAAAUUGAUCAUGACAAUAUGAUAUUACUUAAGAAGAUCCAACGCGCUAAGUCGUCAGCGUACAGUAUCCGUCGUUGAUACAGAUGUCGCGUCCGAUACGCGGACGCGGAGGGGACAUUGUUCAAUAUAUUUUAUAAUACUGUUUU